ACAGCAUGGACUUUUUGCUUUUUAUUUAAAUUUCAAAUUCAAAUGGCUUGGGAGUUGAGGAAAAAGGACUAUAUAGAUAAGUAAGAAGAAGAAAAAAGAGUUUCAAAAGUUUUGGAAUUUGGGGAGGUCUCUCAAUCACUUACUGCAAAAGGGAAAUGGGUGAAUCGGCUUGUCUCAUGCAGCCAUUCUCUUAUGUUUCAGGCAUUCCAAAUGAAGCCAAAGAGGGAAAUCCAAUUCAUGCACUUGGGCAGUCAAUCUCAUUUGGCAGGUUCAUGUCAGAGUCCUUAGCAUGGGAAAAAUGGUCAACUUUCUCUCACAACCGCUAUGUUGAAGAGGCCGAGAGGCAUUCCCAGCGGGGCUCAGUGGCACAGAAGAAAGCUUUCUUUGAGGCUCAUUACAAGAAUAUGGCUGCUCGAAAGGCAGCUGCUUUGCUUGAACAAGCAAAUGCUGCAGCAGCAUUGAACAAUGCUGUCCCUGAAGAACCAGAUUCUGGAAAAGAAAAUUCCACCCAAGAUUCACAGACAUUGAUUUCUAACUCUGAAGCAACCAUCCAUGGGCAUGAUUCAAAUGUUGAAAUGGGUAAGUUUGAUAGCAUCCAGGUGGAAGUUGCUGAUCCGGCAAAUGAGAACCCAGUUUUGGUUGAGAACACUGAAAAGGUUGAAAUUUCAAGCCAAGCUGUGGAUGUUAAUGGCCGCAAGGAGGAGAAAGAAACUGAGCUAAGUGGGACAACCCAGAUGAGAAAACCUCUAUCUAAGCGCAAUCAAGAAGAUUGCUUGCCAAUGGGCAAGAAGAAACCAACAUUUUCUUCCUCAAAGUCAUCAUCAAUCCAUCAGAAAGCAGCUAAAGAUGGUUCCAGUAAGGAUAACAAUAUUGCAACCCCAAUAAGUAAAAAGCCAGCGCUACUAGACUCUGCAGAGAAGAAAACUUCAACCCCAAAAUCACUUCACAAGUCUGUGAAUUUCACCCCAAUCAGAGAACUUAAUAGAUUGACUUCAACAGUCAUCAGAAAAAUUGAGAAUUCCAGAUUUGGUGCCAAUUCUUCCAAGGCAUCUAAAGAUUGUCAGAGUCCUCUGAGGACCCCAACUAUGGUAAUUAAGAAUGAGAUAAAACAGCGUCCCCAAACAACCCCUUAUUCAGAAAAGAAAAGCUCCACAACUCCGCUCAAUCCCUCAGCAUCUGGAAGCAAAACAGCUGGACCAAAAUGGCAUUUGCUCCCUACAGAGUGUUCAAACUUUCUCAGUGCCUGCAGAAACAAAGCGCGCUCUCCAUUUUCAUCCACUCCUUUCAGGUUGAGAACUGAAGAGAGAGCUGCAAGAAGAAAGAAGAAGCUUGAAGACAAAUUCAACGCUAAUGAGGCAGAAAAAAAUCAAAUGCAAACAAAACUCAAGGACAAAGAAGAAAAAGAAAAUGGAAAACUGCGCCCAACCCUUUGCUUCAAAGCCAGGCCGCUGCCUGAUUUUUACAAGCAAAGAAAAGCACCGAAGAAUGAGAUAAAGAGGGUUCCGUCCACUCAUCCACAGUCACCAAAACCAAGCACUGAUCCCAGUCCCAACAAGAUUGAUGGUAAAACCUCUCAACCUCCUCAUACACCUCUGGUGAAGAACAGUGGCUCCAAACACAUCCAGGGAAAGAAUAGUCGAACGCAUAUUCCAACCUUUUCUCUCAUUUCACGAUCUACAAAGAUAACCCACGAGAAUACAUCUCCAAAUAUUCAGCUCGGCUAGAAAAAUCUCAAGAUUUUUGAUGUUGACAAAACGGUUAUUUGAAGCAACAUCCGCGCUGCUGAAAAGCUGUGAGCAACCUCAUAAGAUAUGCAUGAAGACAGCAUGCCAAAGUGAAUCCAUGGAGACUCUCAUUUGAAAUGAGAGCAAAUACUUAUGUGCAUUAGGAGUUCUUUCUGUAAUAUUGUUUGUAAAUUUUUUAUCUGAACCAAGUACUACAAGUGUAGAACUUGAAUUGUGUGGCAUGUAAAUGAACUAGGACUUGUUUUGGUGUGUCCUUGAGCGUUUUCUUGCUAGCUCUUUUACUACAAAAAAGGAACUCUCUGUCAUGCAUGAUGAGCAUCGAAUAUAUAUAAGCUUAUGUUUUCCCUUAAGCACAUAACUUCAAUCAAAA